AUGGCCGCUCCACCUAGUUAUGUGACCCUAGGUUGUCUGUUUCUGUUAAUUGUGCGGCGCCGGAGCUUCCACUACCAGCUCGCACGAGAGCAGCAGGAAAGCCCCAAAAAGCCCGACCACGCCUUUGGCGUGCCGCGUCAUUGGGGCCUCUUCUUCUCUGUAGGCCUAGCCAUCGUUGCCGAAGGCAUUUUCAGUGCCUGUUACCACACGUGUCCAGGCGAACAAGUGUUCCAGUUUGACACUGCAAUGAUGUACGUCAUUUGUGCCAUGACGGGUUUGGCGUUGUUUCAGCGUCGCCACAGCGACGUGGUUUGUCGGCCCUAUGCGUUUUUUUUGGCCAUGGCCCUCUACGUCUUUGUGGUUGUCUUGGGCGUCUACAUUCCAUCGCUGUGGUUCUAUGUUGUGAUUAUCCUGCUUGCGGUCCCACUCUCCUACUACCUGGUGAUCCAGAUUUACUACCUCGGCCAUCAGCCGCAUGAUGGGAUCCGGGGUGUUGUGCGGCCCUGUCGCUAUUGCCUUUCUUGUGGCUUUCGCAUGCAUUCCCUGUGGCCCCGCCGUCGUCGCCAGGCCGUUAUCAUCACCAUUGUUCUUUGCCUUACCUGGGCGGUCUUGUUUGCCAGCGUGGCGCUCAACAUUUCUGAUCGACCCACAGUGUUCUUGGUCCUGGCCAUUCUCAACUUGGGAGCUUACGUCAGUUACUACAUCGUCAACAAACUACGACACGGCGAGCGGUUGACCUGGCUCCCAGCAAGUGCCCUGGGUGGCAGUCUUUUGGUUUGGGUGUUUGCGCUCUACUUUUUUAUAUGGCAGCAGUCCAGCUCCUUCUACUAUGACGCUGCGGGCAGUCGAACUUUGAACGAGCCCUGUAUUUUGCUGGACGUGUUUGACAACCACGAUGUUUGGCAUUUGCUGUCGGCCUACGGGCUUUUCUUCCAGGCCGUGGCCCUGCUAACCUUGGACGACGACCUCAUCCUGACGCGCCGUUUUGAGAUUCAUGUUUUCUGA